AUGGAGGACAGCUCGCCAGACCUGAGCAUCAAGCUGCGGCCCGGCAUGGAGCCGCCGGGCGACGCGGGCGGGCAGCCGCCGGAAGGACAACAAGAGGACGAAGAGGAGGGGGAGGAGGAGGAGGAGGAGGAGGAGGAGGAGCGAGACGGCAACGACGAGCCGCUGUACGCCGAGACGGACGUGGAGGAGGCGCUCGAGGAGGACGACGCCGUGGGCGUCGGCGUCGUCGCCGGCGUCAACGACGACGUCGUCUUCCCGCCGCCGCCGCCGCCGGAGCCCGGCGCCGAAGGCGACGCCGACGAGGGGUGA